GUAUUGCACGGUUGGACACUUGGAUUUGUCUCCCUGCCGGCCUGCCCUCAGGGCUCAGCAGCGGCUCCUCCUUUUCCCUAAUCUUGUCUUGUCUCAGUACUGCCCCUCUCCCCCUCUCUCUUCUCGCUCGCGGCGAUGGAUUCGCUCAGCCUCCGCCCUUCGUCGCUCCUCCUCUCCGCGCCCUGCGCCGCCGCCGCCGCCGCCCGCCGGCGAGAUCAUAUUCUACCACCAUUUCGUCCUAUCCAACAAAAUGGUAAAGGGCGGAUUUCCUUGUCCAUCCAAAGGUCCAGAGGCCCUACUGUUAAUCUUUGUCAAAAAUUCUUGGAUUGGAAGUAUUCCUACCAUAGGAUGUCACAUCGACCAAUCAAUACUUCUGCAAAUGCUUCGGGGCAAUCACUACAGCCAGAAACUGAAGCACAUGAUGCCGCAAGCAUCUGGAAGCCAAUAUCAUCUUCUUUGGAUGCGUUUUACAGGUUUUCUCGGCCACAUACUGUCAUAGGAACAGCACUAAGCAUAGUCUCAGUUUCCCUGCUAGCUGUCGAGAGCAUGUCUGAUUUUUCUCCUUUGUUCCUGACUGGUUUGAUGGAGGCAGUGGUAGCCGCCCUUUUCAUGAACAUCUAUAUUGUUGGAUUGAAUCAGUUGUUCGACAUUGAAAUAGACAAGAUUAACAAGCCAACUCUCCCACUAGCAUCGGGCGAAUACUCUCCUGCAGUUGGGGUUGCAAUAGUAUCAGUCUUUGCUGCUAUGAGCUUUGGCCUUGGAUGGGCUGUUGGAUCACCUCCUCUGUUCUGGGCUCUUUUUAUUAGCUUUGUUCUUGGAACAGCUUACUCAAUCAAUCUGCCAUAUUUUCGAUGGAAGAGAUUUGCUGUUGUUGCAGCACUCUGCAUAUUAGCAGUACGUGCAGUGAUUGUUCAACUGGCAUUUUUUCUCCAUAUUCAGACAUUUGUUUUCAGAAGACCGGCAGUGUUUUCAAGACCAUUGAUAUUUGCAACUGCUUUCAUGACCUUCUUCUCAGUUGUAAUAGCAUUAUUCAAGGAUAUACCUGAUAUUGAAGGGGAUCGCAUUUUUGGAAUUCAAUCUUUCAGUGUUCGAUUGGGUCAAAACAAGGUUUUCUGGACCUGUGUUGGUCUACUUGAGAUGGCCUAUGCUGUUGCUGUACUGAUGGGGGCAACUUCUUCCUCUUUGUGGAGCAAAUCUGUAACUGUCAUAGGCCAUGCAAUCCUCGCUACGAUCUUAUGGAACAGCGCCAGAUCGGUCGACUUGACGAGCAAAACUGCAAUAACAUCCUUCUACAUGUUCAUCUGGAAGCUGUUCUACGCGGAAUACUUGCUCAUCCCUCUGGUAAGAUGAGGCCGGCCGGACGGACGGACAAGAAGAACAACUCCACACGGAAGAACAUGAGUGCCCUGAGUAAACCUCUGCGCCCAUCCGUUUGAAAUUCAGAACCUCUGGAACACGGCUGCUGAUAGAUACGGACUGUGCCCCAAUAAAAUUCCGUGCGCUCGCCCACAGUACAUCCAUAGCGUGGUGCUGGAUACAUACAUUCCAGCCAUGAGAUGAAACCAAAUCAAAGCAAUCCCUGAAGAUGGACGACUUCCCCAAUGUACUACCCACCCGAAAGCUGGGCCGGGUGAGCUGUGGACACUAGCUAGCGACGCAGCUGGAAAAUAAAGCUCUGCCACCAUGAAUUUCAUUCUGUUGUAAAUUACCUUGACUUCCCCGCAGCGGGGGCGCCGUUCUUGGCUGUCUUUUGUUCACAUUUCCCAAGCUAGCUGAUCGAUCUAGUCUUUGCCGGAACCCCAAAUAUCGCGGAUUUCACUUUGGUU